AUCGGCCGCUAGCUAGCUCCAAGAUCGGCAGCUUUUGUCGCUGCUCUGUGGCCUAUAUUGGCUCUUUGGCGCAUUGUGGCUCUUGACGCAUUGAUCACUCGCGUUCAGCGACGCAAAACCAUGGCUGCUGCACGCUUGCUCGCCCUGGCCUGCGCCGUGCACCAAGCGAGCAGCUUUGCGGCACCCCUAAGUCGUCCGGCCGGCGUCGUCGUCGACGAGCUCUUGCCGCUCUUGGACGAGGGCGGCACGACGCGCAGCCGGAACAAGUCGCCCGAGACGAUUUCGAAGAUAGACGCGUGCCUCGAGGAGCUACGCGAGGCGGGCCGCGGCGCGAAGGUGCUCGACGAUCCUCGGCUGUUCGGCGAAUAUGAAAUAAAAUACUUUGAUCGGAGCGUCGACGGCGGCCGCGACGGCGGCGACGACGCCGUCAAGAAGCCGUCGAUCGCAAAACGCCUGCGGAAGGCGAUCUUCUUCCUGCCGUUCAAGGCGAUCAGGCUCGGACUCAAAUCGACGGGCACGUACCAGCACGUCCUCGAGCCGCAAACAAUUGUCAACUACGUCACCUUUCGUUUCUUCGGCGUGCCGGCGGCCGUGACGGCGAAGGCCGAGUUCGCGCGCGAGACGGCCGACGAGCUCGCCGCCGCGCGGGCGCUGUCCAACGGCACGGUACCCUUGUCGACCGAGACGGCGCGCGUCGUCUUCGACGCGCCGCGCGUGUCGUUCGGGCGGCGCGGCCGCCUGAACUUUGAAGUGACCGGGCCGUCGGCGCCUGUGUGGAAAUCAACCAGUGCGUCGGUGCAGUCAUUUCUCGGCGAUGAUGCGGCCGUCCUGGCUCGGUCGAGCGGUGAGGAACCGGCAUCGCCACGCCAUCGAGCAGGUGUCGCGUCGAUGGCGUGGCGGACGACGCGAUGAUUCAGCACGAACGCGCCGUAAAAUUUUGAUUUCCACAAAGGUCGGCCCAGCCGCCGGUCGACCUCUGCACGACGUACGUCGACGACCGCGUGCGCUGCGGCAUCGCCGCGCGCGGGGGGAAGUUCGUCUUCCGGCGUUACAACGAGACGGAGCCCGCCGACGGCUGGGAGGCAUUGCUGAAGCAGGAGCCAGUUUCCGGGAAAGUGUUCUUCGGCCUGAGCGUGCUCGGUGCUGCGGCCGGCGCCUUUGCUCCGGUUCCGACGCUGCUAGGAGUGCCCGUCGGCCUUUUCGUCUCCGGGAAAGCUGCGAUUGCAACGGCGCGCUACGAUCCGGGUCUUGGGGACGUCGCCUAAUGAUUUCUUUUGGGGAUGAC